CAACGUCGCUCUCUUCACGUCCACGUACGCGGAGGACACCUCAAAAUAAACGAAACCUCCGGGACUCUGAACUUGUAGUGCUUUUGUUGCUACAUUGGCACCACUGCGAGAUGUGCAGCUAAGCCGGCCUUUACAGCGCUUCUGACGCAUCGAUGAGGGGGUCGUGAGAGACCAGGGACAUUCUCUCGCUUCCUUUGUUGUUCUUUGACUCACACUGUCUCCGACCAACGACAGCGACUAACGAGGCGAGAUCUCAUCACACCGCGGGCGGCUCUUAUCUGCACCCCAAUUCUGUGAAGGUCUUUAAGGCUGAGAGACAUCUCGACUGAACCCCGGCGCUGACCUUUUCAACGACGAUGAAGAGAGGUUUCUUGAACAGUAGCAAGGCGAAGGCAACUUCAUCGGCGUCGGACCGUGCCAAGAGUACAGUCGAAACUCCUUCGGAACGCGAUGAAGGCUCAUUGCAAAGAGAUAGACGCCCGAUCAGUGCUUCGCUCCGUAGUAUUCCUCCUGCUGCGCGUGUGGGUGCUCCAUACCAUCCCCUGAGAGAAGAAGAUAGACCGCACGGAUUCACGCCCGGGAGCACAAUCUCGAGGUCGACUGUCAUCGAAACGGACGCGUCUCUGCUCGACCACGCUGCGACCACGAUGCUCUUCACGACCAUACCCAUCCGCGACUUUGACGUGAACAAGCAUAGCGCGAAGGAGCGCCGCGACUCGUGGACGGAGGCUAUCCUCGAUGGACCGACCAAGCGCUUGAUCUUCACCCAGCCCGGGUUCCCCAAUCCCAUCCUGCGUCCCACUCACAUCGCGCACCGAAUCGCGCCUUGCGAAGGGAAGGGACUCGGCGUCUUCGCUACGCGCGAUAUCAAAGCCGGCGAACUCAUCCUCGCCGAGCGUCCGCUAACUCUCGCGCCGCUCAUGCUCCCGUGCGUUGAUGGUAUUCCUGACCACUUCACAAUGGAGCAGGUAAUCCAGGCGAAAAUGGCGGAAUGGGAGAAGGCGCUGGAGAUCCUCGUCUCGCGCAUGCUUCCGGAACGCAGGGACGCGCUCAUGGCGUUGUCGAACUGCCACGAGCACGAUGGCAGCGGUCCCAUCCUGGGACGUCUACGUACGAAUGGUAUCGCUGCGAUGGGCCUUCACUUUGCUGGGAUGAAGGGUCGCCCGGGGCGCUACACGGCGACGUGCGAGAUCAUCUCUCGCGUGAAUCACAGCUGCUGCCCAAAUGCCCGAUACGGCUUCAAUAAACCUACGUUCUCGGCUCGCCUGCGCGCCGUGCGCGCCAUCAAGGAGGGAGAGGAGAUCACGAUCACGUACGGAGGUCUCGACAUUCCUAAGGCCGAGCGUCACAGGCAACUCGCGCCUUACGGAUUCGCUUGCGACUGUGCUGCCUGCGAGGAAGGGGCGGCCGCCGACGCUCGAAGGGCGAUGAUCCCUCCCUUUGUCAGCCAGAAUCUAAGGAGCGGCCCUUUGCAGGAACUCUUGGACGUCGUCGCCCUCAUCGAGCGCGAAAGGCUGGAAGAUCUGCCUGUGUAUCCGGAGGCCUUGGCAGCGCUUGCGAAUAGGUAUAUACAGCAGGGAUCUCUCUUACAAGGCCAGAGAUAUCUUGAGCGGGCUCAGAGUUAUCUUCCAUUCUCAACGGACGAGGAGGCGUCGGAUGGGGAAGAUUAGUAGUGCGCGUGGCACGCAAUUUUGUGUAAAAUUUCUCAUGUAAAACUGAUCUGAUGUGAAAUGACUUGUGUCUAGGCGGCGGUUCUUGAGGAGGAUAUGUGGAAGGGCCCGGAUCGUGCCAAUGUGGCACUUCAAUUUCAACCGCGACUGUUACGCGUGAUG